UCGCAUUUUGUUACAAAUAAAAAGGGGUUUUCCAGUUAACAGAUGUGUUUCUGACCAGAACUGCACUAUAUGACUAUCACUGUAUAUACAUAUUAAUGAUAGCAAGAAAAUUAGGACAAAAGUUUUCAUGGCAAUGUGGAAAAAAACCUAAUUUCCGCUUCAGCAAUUGUUAUAACACCACAGGCAGGAUGUUUGCUAUCCAACCUUGUACAACACUAUAAUAGAUAGAUAAGGAUAAAUACCGCAUUUAAGUUAAUAGGUAAUGUAAACUUUAAAGCACGAAACGAGACGACACACCAACACAUGUAGGCGUACGCAUAAACAUUGAGAUCUCUUCUACGAAUGCCUUUUGCAGAUUAUUUCGACACGAUUUACAUAUCUUCUGGGGCUUAACAUGACUCAUAAUCCUUAUAUUAGCAUUUCUUAAUUAAAUUAACACGAGAAUAGGCUUUGUCGGUAUCCCAGCUACUUAUAAACAAGACUAUUACUGACAUAUAAAUUCAAGUCAACGUUCCGCAUUUUGCUUUUGAAAACUGGAUGCUACGAGUGCUUAUGAAUGCAUCUUCCUACAUAUAUCUGUGCGCCUAUUCUGUAUAGUUUAGGUCUAGAAUUAUCUUCUAUGAACACAACAAUAGAUUCCUACGGUCAGUUUACAUAACAAACUUAACACCUCAGGUGUCACUCCAUGGAAACUUUGGUCAUAGUUCGGACAGCUUUGAAGUAAAUGCUGUUCUUAGGCCUAAAGUAUGGGUUUCAAAGAAAAUUUAGCAGUCAUUCUUGUUCUUAUUAUAGUCCAAAAUUCAAACGAAUUUAGAUUUAUGAGAAGAAUUCAGGCGAUUGGGAGUCCUUACUACAUGAUUUUGAUGUCCCUGGGGGCAUGUAAAGAAAAGAUCUUAUAUUUAGAUCAGAAAAUUUGGGCCAAACUUCCUCUGAACAGAGUUUUAGAUAUUUACUACAAAAAUGAAAAUGACUAUUACAAGGUAUCCAGAGUUGAAAUCAAGCUGGUGAUCAACAACACCAGUAGCUUCGCGAUUUCCGAGGACGGUGUCGGAUUUUCUGAGUUUAGAGCUACGUUAUUUUUACCAACGCAUCUCAACUUUGUAAUUUACUCGCUCACUAUUUAUACUUGUAAUACUAAGAAGGCUACAGCUGAUAUACAACAAGACACUACUGAAAUGAAUCCGGUGCAUUUGUUCAUGCCUUUUAUAUUAAGUGAUAAUAAGAAUUAGUUUGUUUCAUAACAUAGCCAGACAUGUCACCUACCAUUUUUUUUUCAAUUAAUUAGUUAUUUAAGUAUCAUAGUUCAAUCAUUGUACUACAGAUACUUAAU